UGAUCCUUAUCAGUUCCCAUCAAUGGCAGAAGAGCCGCCCAAGCAACGCAUAUUAGCAACGGAAAAGCAACUGGGACUACUGAAAGAAGUCUUCGACCGAACCUCUGGACAUCCCUCGCACAAACAAUAUGCUGAACUCGGAGAAUCAACAGGAUUAAAGCGUAAUCCGAAGAAACGUAAACAGUGCUCUACAGACAAUGGAACGGACGAUUGCCGGAGCUCUAGCCCAAUGUAUGACAAGGCUGAACUUCUGAGUCCUGAGCCUCAGCCGGAGAAGAAAAUCGACAAGGACCGUGAUACUGAACCCCCUAAUCCCCAAUCAAAAAGGUUCAAACUCGAUGCGAAACUCGACAGGGACGCUAUCACUCUUGUAAAGACAGAGACUGCAGAGGCUAAUAUACCACCAUAUUCUCGAUCGUCCCUUAGCCCGCAUACAUCCAACUCCAUUCUUGCUUCCAACAACUUGAACAAGAACGUUCACACUUCUCCUGACAAUUCGGUGAAAAGGAAUCAUUCUCCGCAGAUACGUUCUCGUCCCGUCGCAAAUCACAACAAGGACCCUCCUCCCGAGUACGCAAGCUCGCUCGACACAUAUGGCUUCGUCGUAUCUCAAUCCCCUGCACACGUUCAACAACCCGUUUCGUCCACGAUUCCUAUUGCUUUGACUGCUCCUCUUGCUCUACGCUCUGGCUUUCCGCUUCUCGAGACCCCCCGGAAUAACAAUACCAAUACGUCUCUGACUCUUAAUCAGGUUCAACAAAUGUAUCGUGCGCUUCUUGCAAACACUCAUGCCCAAACCGCUGCCCAAUACCAACCUCAAGCUCAGCCUUCCUUCCAAGCUCAAGCUCAAGCUCAGCUUAUCAUGCAGCCAAUUUCUAACAAUCAAAACCAGCCUCGUUGUGCUGUUUCCUUUCAGCAGCUCGUCAAUGCCCCUGUUCCUCCCCAAGAAAACUUGUUCACUGCUCAAGCAAUCCAAAAUCACUAUCCUAGUUACAUUGCCUCCAACAGACUUGUCCCUGCUUCGCACUACAUUCCACAGACUUUUGUUGAUGCAGGCCCUAAUAAUUUCCAAUCUCCUGCAGUCCCUUUAACGCUUGUUCAACCCCCACAACAUGACAUUGAUCCUUCCUCAUUCUCCACGCCCGCACAAUUCCCUUCGACUCUCGCGAAUGAUGUAGAUGGAUCUCAGCCUCAAUUCUACUCAGCAUCUCUUGAUCCUUAUAAUUCCGGCGUGACACCAUUUCAGCAUCUUCAUGUCCUCGAGCCUAUCCUGAAUGCGAAUCGCACUUCUCAGGGGUUUCUUUUUUCACCUCUCAACACUUUUGACGUCGAAGAUGUUCAGAACCUACUGCUACCGCAAAAUACGGAUCAAGUUAUGGACCGCUUGCUAGACGAAAAUCUUGUUCAGGAGGACCCAUUCCAAGCGUCGAUGGGACUUGUCUGGAUGCAAAGAGUCGGGUUAAUUUAACGAUGACCUUUUUCCACAUCAGCAAUGUGCAUUACGAUCGCCCUGUUUCUCAUAAAAAUUAUUCUGCAAUUUCCUG